AAUAUUUGAAGUCAUUCUGAUGAAGUGUUAUUAAUUGAAUUGUAUUGUAAGCUAUUCCUUACCUGCUGAGUGUUUCUGGUAUUUAUGACAGAAAUUAAUAUAUUCAUGAUUGCUAAGUACCUUCAGGCUAACAGGAGGAAGACAGGAAUAUGGUGUUGGAAUGAAAAUCAGCCGUGGCUGAAUGGUGGGCAGACCAUAUGGAUCGAAUCACCUAAUUCUCUUCCUGUGUCUUAUGUCUUACCAUGACUGAAUGAUGGCUCCUUCUUAUCCCAUGUUGUCUGUGUCAUGUGAGGGACAAUAAAAGAUUGUUCACUGAGAUCAUUAUAUUUGCCUUCAAUGUUUAAAUUUCAACCUGCAGUGAGAGAUUUAUUGGAAGAAAAACCACGACUGAAGUCGAGGGAACAGCAACAAGUGAACCAGCCCGAGGAUUGAGAGCACCGACUGGAGAGAACCCAUCUGACUCGGAGAUUCCAGUGAUUCAGUCAGGAGAAAGUUUGCUGUGCGGACCAACCAUUCAUCUGGGCAGGAAACGUUUACAUGGCUUCAAAACUGUGGCACUUCACAUUGACAAUAGAUAAAAGAAAAUCCCAGCUGCACGUCAACAAAGGGUUAAAAACAACAAGGAAAUUAUCUACGGGGAGGUCAAACACAACACGCUGUUUUGUUGUCUAUGUCCAGAUAUUUAAGAAGUGGAACAAGGGAUUUACUCGAUCAUCAUUCCUACUCAGGCUGUGGGGAGUGAUUCACUCGAUCAUUAUUCCUAUUCAGACUGUGGGAGAGAUUCAUCGAUCAUCUGACCGACUGACAUGCUGUCAAUUUACACGGGGGGAAUCCAUUUAUCUGCUCAGUCAUCCACUCUAAUGGCUCACCAGCGAGUUCACACCGGGGUGUGGCCAUUCACCUGCUCAGACUGUGGGAAGGGAUUCAUGUUGUCAGCUCACCUACUGAGUCAUCAGUCAGUUCACACGGGUGAGAGGCCAUUCACCUGCUCUGACUGUGGGAAAGGAUUCACUUUGUCAUCUAAUCUUAAGCUACAUCAGCGAGUUCACACGGGUGAGAGGCCAUUCACCUGCUCUGACUGUGGGAAAAGAUUCACUUCGUCAUCUCAACUUAAGGUACAUCAGCGAGUUCACACUGGGGAGAGGCCAUUCACCUGCUCAGACUGUGGAAAAGGAUUCACUCAGUCAUCCCACCUUCAAGCACAUCAGCGAGUUCACACUGGGGAGAGGUCGUUCAACUGCUCAGAGUGUGGGAAGGGAUUCGCGUUGUCAUCUCACCUACUGAGACAUCAGUUAGUUCACACUGGUGAGAGGCCAUUCACCUGCUCAGAAUGUGGGAAAAGAUUCACUUUGUCAUCUCAACUUAAGGUACAUCAGCGAGUUCACACUGGUGAGAGGCCGUUCACCUGCUCGGACUGUGGAAAAGGAUUCACUCAGUCAUCCCACCUAGAAGCACAUCAGCGAGUUCACACUGGGGAGAGGCCAUUCACCUGCUUAGACUGUGGGAAGGCAUUCACACAGUUUGCUACCCUACAAGCACACCGGUCAGUUCACACUGGGGAGAGGCCGUUCACCUGCUCAGACUGUGGGAAAGGAUUCACUUCGUCAUAUAAACUUAAGGUGCAUCAGCGAGUUCACACUGGGGAGAAGCCAUUCUCCUGCUUAGACUGUGGGAAGGGAUUUGCGUUGUCAUCUCACCUACUGAGACAUCAGUUAGUACACACUGGUGAGAGGCCGUUCACCUGCUCAGACUGUGGGAAAGGAUUCACUCAGUCAUCCCAACUACAAGCACAUCAGCGAGUUCACACUGGGGAGAGGCCAUUCAUCUGCUCAGACUGUGGGAAAGGAUUCACUUCAUCAUAUAAACUUAAGGUACAUCAGCGAGUUCACAUGGGGGAGAGGCCGUUCACCUGCUCAGACUGUGGGAAAAGAUUCACUUCGUCAUCUCAACUGGAGAUUCAUCAGCAAGUUCACACUGGGGAGAGGCCGUUCACCUGCUCAGACUGUGGGAAAGGAUUCACUCAGUCAUCCCAACUACAAGCACAUCAGCGAGUUCACACUGGGGAGAGGCCGUUCACCUGCUCAGACUGUGGGAAAGGAUUCACUCAGUCAUCCCACCUGCGAGCACAUCAGCGAGUUCACACUGGGGAGAAGCCGUUCACCUGCUUAGACUGUGGGAAGGGAUUUGCGUUGUCAUCUCACCUACUGAGACAUCAGUUAGUACACACUGGUGAGAGGCCGUUCACCUGCUCAGAAUGUGGGAAAAGAUUCACUUUGUCAUCUCAACUUAAGGUACAUCAGCGAGUUCACACUGGGGAGAGGCCAUUCACCUGCUCAGACAAUGGAAAAGGAUUCACUCAGUCAUCCCACCUGCGAGCACACUACUCAGUUCACACCGGGGAGACUCUAGACACCUGCUCGGACUUUGGGAAGAGAUUCUCUCAGUCAAAUCAACCAAAUGUGCAUCAUUGAGUUCUCACUGGAGAGACCGUUCACUGGAUGUGUGUCCAUCACCGUUGCUGAAUGCAAUUUCGAGACUGACUGUCGGUGCUGAACUCUGCAAUCAUUGCUGCUGCUCACCACACCCAGUUCUGCACCCUGGUCAAUGGGCAUGGGAGGAGUUUCUUCUGCUGCACAUUUACCUUUAAUAGGACUGGAGUUUAAUAUUUUGCA